AUGGGGUGCGGCGCCAGCGCCGUCUGUUCGUCGCGCGUGUCUGCUGUUCUCGACUCCAGCCGCUGCUGCUCCUCGGAGCACUUCUUCCGGGACAGCUGCCUCACCCAGGACGAUGAAGAUGCAGCCCUUCACGAGCGGUCCGCAGCAGAGGACAGCGAUGGAGUCACUGAUGGCCUUGACACCUUCUCGGACAUGGGCAGCACAGCGCUGUUGGAGGAGUGCGAGGCGGCGCAGCGUGUGGCAGCCCUGCCGGAUGGCGAGCUGUUCCGCGACGAGGACUUCCCCGCAGAGGCGAGCAGCCUCAGCCACUCCGACCCGCAGGCGGCGCACCUCAGCGACGUCGUAUGGCUGCGGCCGCACGAGCUGGUGGAGGAGCCCCGGCUGCUGGACGAGGGCCGCGGCGUGUCGGCGGUGCGGCAGGGCGCGCUGGGGGACUGCUGGCUGCUCAGCGCGUGCGCCGCCGUGGCCCAGCGGCCGCACCUCCUCAGGAAGGUGGUGCCGGGCCGGCAGCCGCUGCGUGGCGCGGGCUACCGGGGCGCGGUGCGCGUGCGGCUGUGGCGCUUCGGGCGGUGGCGCUGCGUGCUGCUCGACGACCGGCUGCCGGCCAGGGGCGGCGCGCCGCUCUACGCCAGCUGCGCCGGCGCCGCCCUCUUCUGGGUCUGCUUCGUCGAGAAGGCGUACGCCAAGCUGCACGGCAGCUACGAGGCGCUGGCGGGCGGGCACGCGCUCGAGGCGCUCGUCGACCUGACGGGCGGCGUCGCCGAGAAGCUGCGCUCGUCGGCCGCGCUCUACCCGCUGCUCAGGGACGCCUUCGCGCGCGGGGACCUCGUCACCUGCGCCAAGAAGGGUAACUGGGCGUCUAUGUCGGCGAGUAGGCCCGCGGUGACGGAGAGCGGGCUGGCGCGCGGCCACGCCUACACCGUGCGGGAGGUGCGCCACGUGCGGCAGGCUGGCCGGCGGCCGCUGCGCAUGGUGCGCGUGCGCAACCCCUGGGCCGACCACCGCGAGUGGACCGGCGCCUGGAGCGACGGGGACGGGCGCUGGCAGCUGCUGGACGAGGAGACGCGGCGUGAGAUGGGCGCGCUGCAGCCGGCGCCGGACGGCGAGUUCUGGAUGGAGUUCUCUGACUUCCAGCGACACUUCUCCGAGAUCACCGUCGCCACACUCGUGCCCGAUCUCGACUACGACGCCGACGGCGCCGACGUGGAGGUGUGCCACGGGGAAUGGGUGGCGGGGCGCAGUGCAGGCGGCUGCCGCAACGACAUCAGCAAGUUCACUACCAACCCGCAGUUCCUGCUCACGCUCACCACCACCGAUCCAGCAAAGCAGUGCCCUUGGACGCGGCUGACGGUGCUCACGACAGGGCGUGACGGCACCAUUCUGUACUGUCCACGAACGCACAGGAAAUGA